CUCUUUAAAGCAACCCCCUUUUGCCCCCCCCUCUCUCUCUCUCCAUAUCUAAUUCCGGUGCCGUUUCAUAUCAUAAUUAUUAUUAAAACGACACCCGCGGUUUCUCUUCUCCUGCUCUGGCAUGGCCGAGACUGAAAGCGAAGCGCAGCCGAUGGAACGACACGAGGAAAAGAAAAACGACGACUCAAUAGGAGAAGCGGACGAGUUGGAUGCUGAAGAGGGAGAGGACAAGGAAGGAGUGAGUCGAGUUGAUGAGUCGGACAAGGAAGGAGCGGCGCCGUCGAGUGACGCCGAGUUAAAAGACUCGCGGCUGGAAUACCUAACGAAUGAUGAUCGUCGUGAGGGGUUGCAGGAGAAUUCUACUUCGGAAUCGAAGGAAGUUGCUGAAUCUAAGGAUCAAGUUAAGAUAGCCCACCAGGAAAUGCCUAAUUUGGCUUUCCAGGAUACAGAAUCUCCAAAACAAAAUCUGGUCCACAAAUCUGUUUUGCCAGAACCAUCACCAAGUUUUCUGAAACAAAAUCCGGUCCAUGAAUCUGUUUUGCCAGAACCAUCACCAAGUUCUCUGAAACAAAAUCUGAUCCAAUUAUCUGUUAUGCCAGAACCGUCACCAACUUCUCCAAAACAAAAUCAUCUCCAAUUAUCUGUUUUGCCUGAACCGUCACCAACCUCUCUGAAACAAAGUCAUUCAGAUCAGAAGGUUAAUAUCUCAUCCCUUGCAGAAGCAAACCAGCAAAGCCCUUCUAAUCUUAAAGUGGUACCCUUUGUUCCCAAUGUGAAGACACCAGUGUCUGAUGGUUACAAUUGGCGGAAAUAUGGUCAGAAGCAAGUAAAGAGUCCUAAAGGUUCUCGAAGCUAUUACAAAUGCACAUUCUCCAAUUGUCAGGUUAAAAAGAUAGAGUGCUCUGAUCACACAGGCUAUGUAAUAGAGAUUGUUAAUAAAGGCAUACAUAGUCAUGAACCACCACGGAAAAUUAACUUUACAAGGGAAAGUAAGGUUUUGUCAUCUGUUGUUCCUGUUUCAAUGAAUCUUGUAACAGAACAGUCUGUCAGAGUGCCUAAUGAUUCUGAUCCUUCUACAUCUUCUAAAGAAUCUUUACCAGAAACAACUGUAAAUCCUGAAAGAAAACAACAGUGUUCUAGUGGCUCUGACGGGAAUGGCAACUCGCAAAUGAAGGAAGAGCUUUUGAGUGAAGCUGAGCCAAAUAAAAGGAGGAAGAAAGGUGAUGCAGUUUGUUCUGGUUCUGCUGUGAAAACUGGGAAAAAACCUAAAUUUGUCGUGCAUGCAGCUGGUGAUGUAGGAAUCUCUGGCGAUGGAUACAGAUGGCGAAAAUAUGGACAGAAAAUGGUGAAAGGAAAUUCUAAUCCCAGGAACUACUAUAGAUGCACUUCAGCCGGGUGUCCUGUCCGUAAGCAUAUUGAGACAGCUGUAGAUAAUACAAAUGCCAUCGUUAUAACAUAUAAAGGCAUUCACGACCAUGACAUGCCUGUACCGAAGAAGCGACAUGGCCCUUCAAGUGCUCCUCUUGUUGCUGCUGCUGCUCCUGCUUCUAUGAACAGCUUGCAACUUACAGUAGCCGAUGAAGUGCAAAAGCAAAUUACAUCAACCAAGUGGUCAGUGGGCAGAGGAGGUGAACUGACCGGUGAGGCUGUAGAACUUGGAGGUGAAAAGGCAAUGGAAUCGGCUAGAACGCUUCUGAGUAUCGGAUUCGAAAUCAAACCAUGCUGAACUUAUAGGUAACUUUUCCGUCGUCAACAUCAGGCGUGUCUUUAUAUAAAAUUAUUCGAAACGGCCAUUGGUCAGGUUUGAUUUGUCCUACUUUAUUGCUCUAGUCUCUGUGAGGUUGUAUAUUUUCUGUUGUAUUCUAUCUCAAUCUGUUUGGAACAAGGUUAUAAUAGUGGAAACAAUAUAGAUUUGGUUGCCAA